CGAAAUACUUAGAGGUGGAAAUUGCAGCUCAAAAAACAAGUCUUGGUGAGUUUUUAUCUCCGCAAUUCUCUUGUUUCGUACUUUCCAGGUUCGCGUCAUGAAGCAUCCGUUUACAGAGGCAUAGCCAGCUUUUCGACUUAUUGUAGGCUUGUUCGAUAAGAGAGUUCAAUUUUUGUUUCAACAGAAUCGUAUUCGGUAAAAGUGAAGCGGGCGGAAAAACAUUGUAGGUCUGGGCAAAUGUUUAUCUGAUCUCACGCGAUUAUAGCAUCUUUGCUGAAGUAAAUGAGCGCGCUACUUUCCAUUUACGUGAAGACGUCGAAAAUUCAAGAAAUUCAAAUCAAUGACAGCGACAAAGAAUACAGAAUUACUGAUUUUCGCUUACAUAACGGAGGCAGUUAGGCGUCGAUCUCUGUAAGAGCGGUCUAAGCCGUUUCGCAUCGGAAAAAAGUUUUGCCUCAAACUUUGCCUAUUAAACUAUCUUUGGUGAUAAGUAGAUAAAACCACAUUGGUUUCUGGAAAUACAUUGAUAAAAAUACUGAGAACUCUCAAUAAUCGAAGCUGCAAAAGAUCCCUUUCUGACCUCUUGCGACAUCGAAAAUUUCAAAAGUUGAUAAGCUCUCUCCUCGUAACACACUACGUCCUGCGAGAAAUCGUUUGUAUAUAAAAAUAUCAUGUACUUAUUAAUUUCCUUCCCCUAAGUGACUCAUAUUGAUUAGCGUUCGGUCAACGUUUUAAUGAGAAACUCUUUUUAAAAAUUGGUUUCAGUAUGAUAUUCGAUACAUCACCGGACAGGAUAAUUUGCCUUAUUUUAGCCGUAUAAAAUGUUUAUAGUAUCAAUCAGUGUGUUCUAAAAGCCUUUUCCUACAAUCUUUUCUUUUAAAAGUGGUUAAAAUCUAAGAUUUAUGAAGCUAUCAGUAUCAACGGUCGGAGUUUGCACUGCAGACUAAUUUGCAUAAUUCUGCUGUCGAGCUUGUAAAAUCACCAAAAGUUUGAGGUCACUAAGGCGAAGGAAAUUAGCAAUUUGAGAGCUCUCAAAAUUUUUUUAACUUACUUCCAGAAACCAAUAUGCCUGAAAUGUUUUUCAGGUCCUAUUUACAACUACUCGUUUCAGUAGUGUUCUUAGCUGCGAGGAUCUCCUAAUUUCAUCUUUCCACCGCAGUGCAAAUAUGUGAAUUUUCAUAUAUCUAAAAUCUUCAUUCACUUGGAUGUUUAUUUGGACCCAAUUCAUUGACCAGCUCCCAGUUGGCUUGUUAGCUCAAUUGGUAGAGCGCUGCACCGGUAUCGCGGAGGUCAUGGGUUCAAAUCCCGUACUAGCCUGAAAAAUUUUUUUUCAGGUCCUAUUUACAACUACUCGUUUCAGUAGUGUUCUUAGCUGCGAGGAUCUCCUAAUUUCAUCUUUCCACCGCAGUGCAAAUAUGUGAAUUUUCAUAUAUCUAAAAUCUUCAAUAUGGUUUUAUUUACUUACUACCAUAGAUAGACAAAGUUUGAGGCAAACUUUUUUCCGAUGCGAAACGCCUUGGACCGCUUUCACUGAGAUCGCGACUUAAGUAUUUUAUCAUAUAUUGAAGGACCGAUCUACACGGAACUGACUUUGUUGCAUGUGACAAGCUUGUGACGGACCCAGGACAUAACAAAUGUGGGAUGACAUUGGUUCACUUCCAUGUGUAACCCACGUGCACGACAUUUUCGCUCUCGACAUGCCGAAAUCGCAUACAAUUCCACUACGGAGGACUGGGGACAGCAAUAAACGACACAAAAAACCUGAUUAAAAACUACGAAAAAGUUAGCUGUUCUGUAAAUACAUCUUAAAGUGAAAAUUCGGCUUCACAAUUACCGGCUUAUGGAAUUGCUAACGGCUGCAUGACACCUGGCGCAAAUUUCGUCGGCGGUGUGUUUGCAAAACAAUUUCCCGGCAUUUGUAAUGUGAGAAUUGUAUAAAUCAGCGCGUAUUCAACGGUCGUAACACAACUAUCAACGAUCAACGACCAAUUAACACAUUCCAGGUAUACAGAGGGUUUUCUUCUAUCCUUGCGUAAGGCAGUAUUUUUACAUUAAUCACAUGUACAGUAGAAGUUCCCAAUGUAAUGUAUCUAAAUCAAGUGACUUACAAAAUCGCACGUUCUUUCACCUUAUUUAGCCUAAGAAAAUGCAUGUAGUUGCAUCAUUUUAGGACUUCGUCGGCACUGUUGUGGAAAUCUAAUGUCACGAAAUCUAACAUCUUUGCGUUACAAAUGUCAAUUUUAAAUUAAUAUUUAAUCACAAAAUAAUGAAGUUGAGUAUCACCUAUUUCUUUCUCGACAGAGACACACAGCUGUCUUGCUACGUUUGUAUGGUCACACGUAUAGUUUGCAUCAAAACCCAGUUGAGAAGUGACUAGGCUGUUGUUCCAUAUUAUUUUUAAGGAAGCAAACGAAUCGUGGUGUCGCGAGAGACGAAGUAGCGUAUUGGUGAGUGUACUAAACUCGGGUAGAGAGGUCCAGGUUUGGAGAGAGACUUAGUGGGGUCAUUGUGUUGUAUUCUUUGGCAAAACAGUUCACUCUCACAAUGCCUCUCAGGAGUAUAAAUUGGUUCUGGUAAAGUUGCAUCAGGCGAAUUUGGUCAGGCUUCCCCGACAGUGUUCAGACUUAAACAAAUUGAAAGCUGUAGCAUUAUCAAUCAAUCAAGUAAUCGAUACGUAAAGAUAGUGUUCCGAGUUACCAUAUUUAAAAAGUAGUAAAAUCUUCUCUCCCUAUGUCAGUCAAGUAAUUUAUAGUUUUUCGUAUUUAUUGGUCUAGUUUGAUAACGAAAUGUCCAUGUCAGAAGACAGCACCAUAGGGCCAAGGAAUGACGCUGUGAUUGAUGGAAAGGUCUGGGUAAAAGGCACUACCAAGGAAAUGUUGGACACAUUUCCGAAGCUAAUUCCCAAGAAAGAAGACAUCUUUGUUUGUACAUUUCCAAGAUCAGGUUUGUAAGAUGCGUACUCGUUUCACUCGUAAGUAUCAUUUUUAGUGCCAGACCCAUCACUGACCUCUCGCCGGUUCUAAUCUCGCAAGUUUCCCCGCUCCUUCCGUAAGCUACAGUUUUAUCGAAGUUCUAUGAGGAGGAGGGGAUCGAAAAGAAUCGUUCUCACUUCCUCUCUAUUACCCUUCGCCUGGCCGGUGCCCGAGCUUGCUUGAUGCACUGUUAUAAUCAUACAUGCAGUGAAAAAUUACCCAUUGAAAUGUUUUUUAUCAUUAAUAGGAACAACUUGGACUCAGGAAAUCGUCUGGCAGAUAAUCAACGAUGGCAAGAUCGAUUAUCGCCCUUUGCAUGUGCGAAUGCCCUGGGUCGAUGGAAUGCCAUAUGCACAACCUGAGAACCCUUAUUUAGUGACGUCUGCUGGGAUGAUAGAAAAGAUAUUUGAAUGCUUCCCAUCACCCCGCGUGUUUAAAUCACAUCUACCGUAUGACCUGGUCCCCAAGGGGUGUGGCCAGGCUGCAAAGCCUCUAGCACGUUAUAUAUACGUCAUGCGUAACCCAAAAGAUGUGGCUGUAUCUCUUUUUGAAUUUGUGGCUAAAGUAUCUGGCAGAGAAGCUCUCUCCUGGGAUGAGUUAUUUGAGCUGUUCUAUCAAGGGAAAGGUUACUGAUUUGCAUCUGUUUGUAAAGUUAUCUAUAUUAAGCUAAUUUUUUACAACCUUUUGCCUUUGCCUAAUUGACCUAAUCAAGGAGCAAAACCGUAGCAUGCAACACAUUUUUCGUGUUAAGAGGCGAAAAAGCGAGAGCGCGCGCAAAGAACCGCGGUGUUCAGUCGACAACCUCACCUACUGUUAGUCGUUUGUGCCCGUUCUCGCUCGUCCCCAUAACCUCGUUCCCAGGGAACCUUUUUCCUUCAGAAGAAAAACCCUGGUAACGAGGUUGUCGUCUCCACCGACGGAAAGCCUAGAGACUGAUACUGAGAAAAUCUUAAAGUUGGAGCUCAAAGAUUCGGGAAAAAAGAAAAGCAAUAUUUUAUUUUGCUGAUUUACCUGAUCUUGUUUGUAGUCUAUUAUGGCCCGUGGUUUGAUCAUGUCCUCAGUUGGUGGAAACACAAGGAUGAUCCUGAUGUAUUGAUUCUAAAGUACGAGGACAUGAAGGAGGUGAGUGUGAAAAGAGGGGGUCUGGAAAGCACUUGGGAUUUGUUUCGAGCACGUUAAGUCAAGGUUAGAGAAUGUAGGCCUGAUGAGGGGAGGAGAGUGGGGUCCUGUACAUCUUGGUUAUGAAUCAUCUUGGCUUCCUGUUUUGGUCGAACUUAAGAUAAGGCCGAAAAAAAAAAAAAAAAAAAAAAAAAAAUGAAACUGGUAGCAUAUCAUUAGUUUGCUAUCUAUUAUACAUAUUUUGCUACGCUAAAGGACAUCAUUUGGCCAUAAUAAAUAUCCAUCACGAUCAUUUCGUUGGUACUUGCACUCUGUAUGGUGCCCUCAGCUUUAGUUUAACGGGCUUCAUCGUAAUUCUAAAAAGUCUGCUUUUUAUUUAGUGAUAUUAUCGCCAACUAACAUUACAGAACAUCACUCAUUGUUUUUUCGAAUCUCCCUUUAACUAGGGCUUGCUUGGUGCUAUUAGAAAAAUUGCCACUUUCAUUGGGAAAGAGCUUCCCCUCGAGACUCUGGAGCGUAUUGUCAGCCAAACAUCAUUCAACGCCAUGCAAAAAGAAGGAAACUCUAAUUUUUCCUUUAUCAGAGGGUUCAAAGGUCUUUGUAUUCGUAAAGGUGAAGUGGGAAACUGGAAGGAUUAUUUCACUGAAGACCAAAGCAAGCGAUUUGAUUCUCUCAUCAAAGAGAAAUUGGCUGGAUCAGGACUAGAAGACGAGUUUUAAAAAGAUACUGAACGGUCCGUUCAAUGGAG